AUGCAAUUUCUCAGCUUGGCACCCGUUAGCAGUGCAACGACUGACCACAAUGUCGCUGGAGAUGGACACGAGGGCGAGGGAGUGGAUCGCUGGUGCCCCAGUAUUUCAGCUGAACGCGCCACGCAGAAAUCCGCAGAGCUUCACGAGAGUAAGAUCGGAAAUUUCGCUGCUCCCGUGACGAACCCUCAGGGCGAGGCCAGCCGCCUCACCAGCCUCCAGACCAAGCGUUCGGAGCUGGAGGUGCAGCUCCAAGCUCGGACAACCACAGCAAGUAAUGCCAAAGAGGCACUGCAGCGUCACCGUGAGGCCGUGGAUGCUGUGAAGGGCGAAGUCGCCGAAGAGUGGAGGCAAACAGAGCUCGCCGGGAAGCAGCUGGCAGAGGAGGGCGCCGCGCGGCAGCGAGCCGCCGAGCGCCUGGCUGUCCUCCGCCGGGAGAAGGCCUCGCUGUGCAAGCAGCUCGAGGCGGCGAAAUGGAACCUCGCCACAGCAUCAGCAGAG